UAAUAUUGAAAAUGUCUGAAUCAAUAGUGGAUAAACCAUUUGAUAUCUACACAUUUGCCACGCUGGCAGGGCUCUCGCUAGCAUCCUCCUGUGUGAUUGAAUUGUUCGUUUGGUGGAUGGUCUAUAGGACCGGGAAAUACAAGAACAUCUGAAGCUCAGCAGGAGAUCUUAUUAAGAAGAUUGAAAAGGAUAAGGACCAACUUUCUCCUUUUGUUAAAAAUUUCGAGAAAAAGAACAAAAUGAUCAAGCAAGAUGAGAAGUACCUUAGUAACUUAUCAGCAUCUCUUAGUAGAAUGCAGAUGAAGAGCACCUUCUUCAUUGCGAUAUUUAUGAUAUUCUUUAUUUCAAAUUUAAGAAGUGCUUUUGCUGGAACUUUAGUUGUAUGGCUUCCAAUUACUCCCUUCUCGUUCAUGCAAGGAAUGUGCCACCAAAAGGGCGAUGAUUGGUAUGGUGAUUUCUCAAUUCCAUUCUUCUUCAUCUUCUCUAACGCAGCGAUCAGGCCAUUAAUAAGGAAAACGUUUGGAUUUAACCCUCCUGCUGGAUUGCAGCAAAACCCAAUGUGGCCAAAGAUGCCAGAGGAGGAGCCAUAUUAUUCCCAAUAGGUAAAGAUUCAACACGUCAUAUCCAUAUUGGGGUUUUGGGGUUUUGG